UGGUAAAACACACAAAGAUGCAGCUAGUGUUCGAACAACAUAUCCAAUACCUGCUGCUUGUGGAUUAUAUUAUUUUGAAGUUAAAAUCGUUAGUAAAGGUCGCGAUGGCUAUAUGGGUAUAGGACUUUCGGCACAUGGUGUAAAUGUCAAUAGACUUCCAGGAUGGGACAAAAAUUCGUAUGGUUACCAUGGAGAUGAUGGUCACAGUUUUUGUUCAUCAGGAACUGGUCAACCAUAUGGUCCAACUUUUACUACCGGUGAUGUUAUUGGUUGUGGUGUCAAUUUAGUUGAUAAUACUGCGUUUUAUACGAAAAACGGUAAUCAUUUAGGAAUAGCUUUUACAGAUUUACCGCCAAAUUUAUAUCCCACCGUUGGACUUCAAACACCUGGAGAAGUUGUAGAUGCUAACUUUGGUCAAUCACCGUUUGUGUUUGACAUAGCUGAUAUGAUAAGCGAGUUGCGUGUGCGAACUCGAUCUCAAAUCAUCCAUUUUCCAUUACUCGAUCAUGGACAAGGUCAAUGGCAAAAUAUUUUACAUAAAAUGGUAUCGACUUAUCUUGUACAUCAUGGAUAUUGUGCUACUGCUGAGGCUUUUGCCAAUAGUACAAAUCAAAUAUUUGAAGAGGACAUUGAAUCGAUAAAAAAUAGGCAAAAAAUCCUGAAGCUAAUUCUGUCAGGGCGCAUGGGAGAAGCUAUCAAUGUAACAAACAACUUGUAUCCUGGUUUGCUCGAGAAAGAUACGAACCUUAUGUUUGCUCUGAAAUGUAGGCAGUUUGUUGAAAUGGUGAAUGGUACUGAUUCAGAAAUACGUUACCAUUACAACGAGAACCAAACAAGCGUUAUUCAAUCAACAAAAUCUUUGGUCAAAUCUUCUACUACUCAUUGUGAAGAAAUAAAUCACACAAGUAUAAAUGGAUCCAACAACCAGUUUUUACUCAAUGGACAAAUAGAAGAUAUUGAAAUGGAAGUAGAUACUAGUUUAAACAACUUAAGUAAAACCAACAAAUCGUUGAGUUGCCAAAAACAUAUUCUUUACUCUAACGGUUUUAAAUGUUUAAACGGAGAAGAUAUAAAAAUGGAUAUAGAUGUUACAAAUCAAAACAACCAGAAUAGUCUCCUCACUACAACUGAAAAUUAUCUGAACAAUAAUCAUAAGAAGCAGCUAUGUGGAGGUAAUAAACAAGCAAUAGAAAAAAUGCUUGAUUUUGGUAGACAGUUGUAUGCUCAAUCUAUACAGUUGAAACAACGAAGUGGAAAAAAUGAGCACAAUAAGAAAAUGCUCCGUGAUGCAUUUAGUUUGUUAGCUUACUCAAAUCCAUGGGUAUCUCCAGUUGGAUGGCAGCUAGAUCCACAGCAAAGAGAAACUGUUUGCUCUAAGCUUAAUUCAGCUUUAUUAGCAGAGCAGCUGUCCUACGGAUAA